AUGUCUACCUCUACUUUCACAUCAACUGCUCCUAUUAAUAACAUCAAAAAUCUCACAUAUAAUAUUCUAAAAACCUUCAAGAAUAGCAUUAUUAAAGUCAAAAGUAAUUUGAGAUAUGUCAAAUGUUUUGAAGAUUUUUCUUCAUAUCUCCUACCUAUAGACUUUCUUUGGUUCUCUCCUCAACUUCAAGGCCCCUUGAAACCACUCAUAUACUUAAUCUGCAAACAUAUUAUCUAUUACAAUUAUAUUGAUAAUUUACAAAAACUAUGUCCUAUAUGUCUAUCAACUAAUAUGGAACCAAAAGAGGAAGACAAAAUAAGUGUUGAUGUUGAAGAACAACCUAAUACUAGCAGUAAAAAAUGUUCCAAUGAAGAUAUGAAUGUCAACUCAUCUACACCCAAAAAAAAGGUUAAGAAAGCAGUUAGAAGAGAAGAUUCACCUAUUUUGAAAAAACUUAUCAAGGAAUUGUCUGCUCCAAUUCUAUAG